AUGGAGGCGGCGGAGAAGUUUCACAACACUGACAAAGGCGACGUAUCGGAGCUGCUUACGAAAAUCGAAGCACUAAAGAGCGAGAAGCUGCGAUUGAGCGACGAAAACAAAGGAAUGAAGGAGAAGGUGAAUAAACUGGAUCAAGAAGUGGGUCAUUUGCACGCCAUGGAAGAAGAAACGGACGAAUGGGAUGAAGAAGAAUCGAGCGAAGCGAAGCAGGAGGUGGUCGAGUUAAAGAGAGGAUUGGAAGAGAAAGUGUUAAUGAUCGAAAGAUUACGCUCCGAAAUCGCAGAGUUCAGAAAAGAGAAAGUUAAGGCGGAGAAGAAAGGGAGGGAACUGGAAACGAAGAUAGGGAUUCUAGAAGUGAGGGCAAAGGACGAGUGGGGCAAGAAAACUCGAGUCCAAGAGGAAAUGAAGCAGAGGAUCAAUGAGUUCAGGAAGAAGAUUCAAUACCUCGAAGACGAGGUGGCGGAAACCAGAAAUGAAUUGAGAAGAAGGAACCGAGUAAAACUACAAUGCGAGAAGAAGGUGAUGGGGUUGGAGAAGAUGAUGUUGGAAUUUAAAGAUACGGUGGACGAGAAGACAAUCGAAACUGCUAUGAGCGGAAAGGUUAGAGAUAUUGGUUGCGAAGAUAAAGGGGCGAAUGUGCCGAUUGUGGUGGCAGGAGGAGUUGCGGCCAUCGUUGUGGCGGCGGCUGUGGUAAAUCGUUGCCCUUGGAAGCGGUCGUGA